AUGCCCCGAGUAGAGAGAGCGCGAGAGCAAGGCCAGCCGGGGAAAGACUCAAAAACUGACAACAAAGAUGCGCUUUUAAAGGUGCAUGAAGCAGGUGAGGUGUUUCCUCAGUGGCCAUGUCUAUCAUGUGAAAACAUCAAUCUGCUGAUGGAGCUUUCUGUGGAGCAGGUACAGCUGCAAUUUGCGGAUGUACUUGAUUUGAAGAAACACCAAACUUGUUUGAAGGAGGCCUCACUGUUGGACUACUUCGUUGUAGGAUUUUGGUGGGCCAAGGAGAUGGCUUUCACAUGCCAGCAAAUAUCAUUUAUUAUGGCUCUCUUGCAGCUGUUACUUGACAACAUCAAAGACAAGCACAUGCCAUUUGCUGACAACUUUAAGGAGUUCUCUCGGACGCUGCUCGCAACUAGACAGUCAUCACCAUCGGCAAGUGCCACCGUGAAACCGCUGUUUGAUGCGGAUCAAAUCAAAUCCAUUGCAGAUUACUUCAGGAGCAGUCUUUUCCAGCAUUACAGCCUCUACGAAUUCCUCUUCACCCACCCGAGACAUGACGUGCUGCUAGGAAUGGAGAGAAUCAUCGAGGUGGUUAAUUCAGCUGAUUUCAUCGCUCCACUGGAGGAGGGAACGCCAACCGACGACCUCCAUCACGUAGCGCCCUCCCCCCUUGACCAGGAUUCGGAUACGUGUGUGGAGAAGAAAGAAGAAGAGUCUACUGAAUGCGAAAAGGGAGAGACACUCCAAAGCUUGGAGGGUGUCAGUGUAGAAGAUGUGCGUGAAGUGCUUGGGCCAAUGACCAAAGAGGUGCUGGUAAAGCUACAGGCAGAUUUCACAGAGAAGCUACGCAUCCAGGAAACGACCUACACGGACAAGUUAGAGAGUCUCAAGAGACUGACGUCCAAAUAACUCUGCUGAAGAAGAGGGGAAACAUCUCAUCUCAUUAUCUGUAGCCGCUUUAUCCUUCUACAGGGUCGCAGGCAAGCUGGAGCCUAUCCCAGCUGACUACGGGCGAAAGGCGGGGUACACCCUGGACAAGUCGCCAGGUCAUCACAGGGCUGACACAUAGACACAGACAACCAUUAACACUCACAUUCACACCUACGGUCAAUUUAGAGUCACCAGUUAACCUAACCUGCAUGUCUUUGGACUGUGGGGGAAACCGGAGCACCCGGAGGAAACCCACGCGGACACGGGGAGAACAUGCAAACUCCGCACAGAAAGGCCCUCGCCGGCCACGGGGCUCGAACCCAGGACCUUCUUGCUGUGAGGCGACAGCGCUAACCACUACACCACCGUGCCGCCCGAGGGGAAACAUCCACCGCGUUUUCAAUAUAGACAAAACGUGUUAUAUGACACCAGUAAUUAUGUAAUAAAAAAACAGUACCAAUACUAAUAAGCUUAAGAAGUGAUUUAUAGUAGUCUUGUAGUGCAUACUGUUUGAAGAAAAUAACGAUUAUUAAAAAAAAAUAAUAAUAAUAAUAAUAACAUGGACUCCUUGCCCUUCUGUUCUAUACAAAUGCCAUGUUAUCAAAUUUGGAGCUAGAGUCUGCGCAGGAAAGAUGAGAGUUGAAGUCAGGUACUCAUUUGUUAGGUCCGCCCAGACUCGGACUCAAGUCCGACUCGUGCCCUAAUUUUAAGGACCCGUGGCUUGACUUGGACUUGAGCACUGAUGACUCGGACUCGUAAAUUGGAGAUGAGGACUCGGAUUUUUUCUUUGUUUUUUGUAACAUGCCAUAAUAAUUUGGCAUAACAGUGUUCUCCACGGGCGCUUUUACUGUAAAGUGGCGCAGCGCCACAUUAUAAUUCUGGCCCGCCGCCCUUCCCUUGGCCAAAAGAAAAAAUACGUAGCUUCAUCAGUAUACACCAAAUAAAUUGGAAAGUAUUUGCUUUAUUAUAAUUUUGUAACUAUUUAACACGCAGAAGACCAUUAAACGAAUGCAUACGAGGCUACCUGAAGUUAGUCUGGCUAACGCGACUUCAAAGCUCUGCGAGCAUUUGGUCUGGCAAAGAUAUUAAGCCCAACCGUUUCCCAGAGGCGUGGUUGACCCGCCUCCCUGAAAUGCCUCAGUUUGCUACUGGUCGAAGCCAGAAAAGGCUGUGACGAAGCUUAAACCAAUCACAUCACUCUUUCCUCUGACGUAUGUGACGUGACGGAAACUGCUUGAGUAACAGGAAGAAGAUAAAUACCUCCAGGGCUGCUCUUUGCUCCGUUUUCAAUGAGAACUUCCCGUUGAAUGCUUUCAAUACAGCAUCUACCGCUGUGUCAAAGGCUUGCCGCUGCUCCAUGUUCGUAAUGUUUCUAGUGAAUGAAGCGCUUCCGGCAUAGAUUCUGUAAACAAUCUAUGGCUUCCGGUCGCAGUUCUACUACGUCACUGCCUUGAACACGCCUCUACCCAGGGCCGUUGGAGACGCUCAAAGUUGAUUGGCUCCCGAUUUUUCGGGAGCUUGGAAGAGCUGGAGAUAGCUUGCCUUUCCAGACUAAGCUCGCAACAGGCCCUCGUGUUGCGUCACACUUAGGAUGGGCGGGCCCAGGCUAACCUGAAGUGGCCACGCGAUUGCGAUAGAAAACCAUCCGGCUGGCUGCGUACAGAUUGUGACACAGAGCUCUGCAGAUCGAGGUCGAUCCCUGCGUUACACUACACUGCAUCACAUUACACUAUACGGACACAUAGUAACGCUGGAAGCUACAAGCUGCAGCUAGACAGCAGCUAAAUAACUUUGCAGGUGUUUGUAGUGUUAUUGUGCAACGCUUACGCUUAUCUAUCAUCUUUUCUGACCAUACAGUAAUCAUAUAACAGCACACACACACAUUAGUUAAGUUCAGGUCUUUUAUUUUGUGUAUCUGUGAUUGUGUAGGCGAGAGCUGGGUCAAAGGACCCGAACUACGGAGGCCAGGGUGGCUUUGUAGUGCCAGUCUCGGGCAUGCGCACCAGCUUGUGCAUUGAUUGGACUGGCUUCACCCAAUUAACAUUAAUUAUGUGUAUUGUAAAAAAAUGUAUUCAUUUAUUGUAAUUGGGUAUUUUGUUUAUGCAUGGAAGUUCAUUUAUUUUUCACACACAGAAAAAAUAUAAUUAAUUCAAGGAUGCGCAACAGGCGCAUCAGUCUCAGCUGAAAUGUCAAAUGAGUCUCAC